AUGCAAACUCGUAAAAAUAAAAGAAAAAACAAAUUGUCACAUUUAGUAAAACAGGAAAAAACAAUUAUUACGAGGCUCAUGAAAAUCAGUUUAAAAUUGGAGGACCAUAUAUACAAGAACAAACGGAUAUCUAUUGAGAAUGCUAUUACAUACAUGAAAGAAGUAUGUUCAUACAAAGAACAGUGCUUGGAGGACGCACGAUGUCUGCAGGUCAUAGAGAAAUUAAAAAGAUCAAUGAACGCAAUAAUCGCAGAACAUGAAGCGCAGCAAUCUUAUGAUUUAAAUAUAAAUAGCUACGAAACUAUUAAUUUUGGCAAUAGCCAAGAAAUCAUGUCUCCAGUAUAUUCUAUUGAUGAAAACGAUGAGAUGGAACUAAUUGUAGAAGUCAGCGUUGAUAAUAUUGAAAACAUUAAAGACAUAGCAGAUGAAAACGUAACUAAACAAGAUAUGUUAAUUACACAUUCAAUACAUGAACAAGAUAUUAAUAUUCAGCAGAACGUAACACCAAUUUCUAACCAAUUCAAUUUAACAGACGAUAAUGUACAAGAAUAUCUUUCUAAUCUAUCCAUAAAGGAAACAGAGAAUUUUACCCAAUCGAAUAUAAACUCGAAUGACGAAAUUUUUUCCCAGAGUAUUAUUUCUAGUACUUUUAAAGAUAUAAAUAAUGCUGUAGGUUUAAUUAACACUGAAAUAGAAGAGAAAUACAAUAAUAAUAAUAAUAAAUCACUAAAUGAACCAAACUCAGAUAUAAUAAUAAUACAUGCUAAUAAGUCUACAGCAGAACCGAUAGUUCACAAUUUUGCUGAAACAACCGAAAUCAUAUACGACGUUCCUAAAACAAAAGCUAGAACUAAAACAUUGGGUAAAUCAAAUAAAUUAAAUGGAAGAAGCAAAAAAGAAAAUAAACUGAAAAACAAUAAAUCGAAUCCUAAAAACUGUACUAAAAUAAAGGGUAAUGUUAAAAAUUGUAAUAGUAAAAAGGUUUUGAUAAAUGAAAUUCCUACGAAUAGCGUUAGAGAAGUAUUUGAAGAUAAAAAGGAACUCCGUCAGAAUAAAUAUUUAAUGUGUGUGUACAAUAAAACUGUAGAAAAUGAUUUGUCGUGGUUAGAAAACAUAAGAUAUGUACGUGAAGUUGGUACGGACGAAACUGACACUGCAUUGACGUUUUUAAACGAAAGCUUCUGGAAUGAUUACACUCUCCCUAAUGGUUGGAGUGAUCUAGAGUUCCAAUAAUAUGUAUUUCUAC